AUGUCCAGGGAUGAAGUUGUUCUGAUAACUUGUCGAAUUGAGAAUCUUGAUCUAGACAUGGUUAAUGGAACAAUCAAAGAAAAGCUUCAGGAUUUUAAAAACGAACUAUACGAAAUGAGGUUCAACAUGACAACUGGUGUAGCUUCACAGAGGAAGCUAUCGGUAGCUGCUGUUGAUUUCCCAAGGAUAAAUGAGAGCUACACUGGA